AUGGUCAGCUUUUACUUACAAAUUUCUGAAAUUAAAUUUUGUGAUUCUCUCUUUGGUCGUGAUCUGAUAAAUAGGCUGUCUCUCUAUUUACCUUUAGGUGAAACAGAUGACGUUGAGUGUGAGGAAUGGGAAUUAUUACAAUAA